GAGACACAGACACACACACACACACACCAAGGACGGGAGAACACAGCUGCCCCCAUAACAUGCAGUCCUAGGUGAAGAGGGCUCAGCACACAUCCCUGUGGUACGCCGGUGUUCAGGGUGAUUGUUGUUUGUUUUGUUUGUUUGUUUGUUCCUGGAUUUGUUUUUUGGAAUUGGAUUCUGGAUUUGCCCACCUGCUCAGUGUUCCUGUGUUUUUGGAUUUGCCCACCUGCUCCGUGUUCCUGUGUUUUUGGAUUGCUCACCUGCUCUGCUUACAUUUUCUAUCAGCCAGUGAGCCAGUCAGUCAUGGAGGAGCAGAGGGUUCGAACGUGCGAUGUUUACAGGACGGAUCCCAACCUACCGCACCGAUUCAACAACCCCCAGUGUUUCCAUGGUUACAGGGAGAAGAUCGAUCAGCCGCUUUACCGAACAUCCAACCAAACAUACGGCAGCAAGGGACCAACUGUUCAUGAGAUACAGACUCAGUUUAAAGGGAAGUCCUGUCAGUUCUCGGAGGCGAUGCUGCAGAGCGGGAUGUACCGAGAUCACGGCUUCAACACAUCUGUAGAGAGCAGCAGAGUGACCAUUUCCACGGCAACACAACACAACAGAGGCAACCUCCAUUUUCGCUAUCACUAUGGAAACCAAAACAAUGACAAGUAGACAUUUAAACAAUGUGUAAACAUUUUGAACAAAAGGUUUUGUACAACAAAUAUAAUAAAGAGAUGAAUCUGAAAUCUGCUUUAAAGAAAGUUUCUCAGAUCAGCAGGGAGGAGAUACAGAUCUCAGAUCAGCAGGGAGGAGAUACAGAUCAACAGGGAGGAGAUACAGAUCUCAGAUCAGCAGGGAGGAGAUACAGAUCUCAGAUCAGCAGGGAGGAGAUACAGAUCAGCAGGGAGGAGAUAC